AUGAUGACUCAAUUCCUAAAUCCCAAUAGCUUAUUGUCAUGUUCCCCUCAGGAAAAAACCUUGCUGCUGUUUGCUACUGGGCAGAUGAGGUUAAGCACCAUUACAACUAUCGCUGAAAUAGUUCUUUACAGUAUGUUGAUACACCUGACUUCAGGAGAUUGCCAUGACGCUUCUGGACACAAAGAUAGGUGUGUCACUGGAGCAAUUUAUAACUAUACCAAGCAACUUGAGUCAGCUUCUCAUGAUUCUGAUUCAUUAGGAUUAAAAUGUCAGCUCAUCUUUCAUAGGCCUAAAUAUUAUUUGAAACCACUACAUGUUGGUUUUAUUGGAGACGAGGGUGGAAACACAAUAAAAGUCCGUUGGUACACGAGGAAAACUAAUUUGCACCAUGUAUGGGAUACUAUGAUAAUUGAAUCAGCCAUGAAAACAUUCUAUAACAAAGAUCUCAAUGAAAUGAUUCAAUCUAUUCAGAGCAAUAUCACUGAGGAUUGGUUGGCUGAUGUUCCAUCUUGGGAAAAUUGCAAUGCUACAGUUUGUCCAGAUACGUUAGUUGGCACUGAACCAGAUUUAGUUCUUUUCUUUGAUUGCGCUGAAGAAGAUAUGAUGAAACAAGUGCUAAAUCAUAAUCAGUCAAGGAAGGUUUUUACGUCCUUUAAUCUUCCUGUGAUCAAAUACUACUCUGAGAAAGGCAAACUUUACAAGAUCGACGCUACUGGAACAGAAGACGAAAUAUUUAAGCGAGUCUGCCAUGUUUUUGCUGCAUUGAGGUAUAUCGUGUAG